GUCGACCAAUCCGACUGGUUCACCUGUGCUCCGGUCUGCAGUAGAACAUUUCGUAUUAUUGACAGACCUCAGAACAGAUCUGCUCUCAGUAAUGGAACACCGUCCGUCUAAGGAUUAUCGUUUGCUAAUCUAUCCGAUAAGAUAACGAUUCCAUAAGAUCGAAUUUGUAACAAUUGAGAUCGGAUUUCCGCACGGAUGGAUAUUUGACUGGUUGGUGAUCGAUCCUGGGGACGAGGUGAAUCCCGAAGUCAUAGAGGAACCCGAGGGAAAUUUGAUGCAACCCUCCGAAAUUAUCAAAUUCGAAAUGUCGAACAUUCGCGAGGGAUGGAACGUCCAGGCGUCGGACAUCGCGCGGAGGACUCACAACCCCAUUAGAUCAAUCGUGGAGAGCCUCGUGGUCGAGCCUAAUCCGGCAAAAAAACUGAUUGCAUUAUCUAUCGGUGAUCCUACAACUUUUGGUAAUUUGAAAUUACCUAAAGAAGUACUCGAGGCUGUUCAAGACAGUCUCACUACCCAAUUGUACAAUGGAUAUGCACCCAGUACAGGUUAUCAAGUUGCAAGACAGGCAGUAGCUGAGUACAGUUCCAACGAAUCAGUACAGGUCGAUCCUAAACCCGAGAAUGGUUGGGAGAUCGAUUUAGAUGACUUGGAGUCGCAGAUCGACGAGUCAACCGCGGCGAUUAUUAUAAACAAUCCGUCGAACCCGUGCGGUUCCGUGUUCACUAAGGAUCAUAUAGUUGAAGUUCUUGACCUGGCUGCUCGUUUCUACGUACCAAUUAUAGCUGAUGAGAUUUACGAGCAUAUGGUGUUCCCAGGGCAGACGUUUCAUUCGUUGGCGUCCCUGUCGAGGGACGUACCCGUUUUAUCGUGCAGCGGCCUGACCAAAAGAUUUUUAGUGCCCGGCUGGCGCAUGGGCUGGAUAAUCAUUCACGAUCGUCGGAAUGUGUUGGAGAAAGAGAUAAGAAAAGCGCUUCAAUGUUUAAGUCAAAGGAUUAUUGGCAGCAACACACUGAUUCAAGGUGCUUUGCCUGCAAUUCUGAAGAACACCCCACAAGCAUUCUUCGAUGACGUUAUGACCACGUUGCACAAUCAUUCGCUAUUGGCGUUCGAUUGCAUAAUGAAGAUUCCUGGAUUAAAACCCAUAAUGCCCGACGGUGCAAUGUACAUGAUGGUCUACUUAGAUUUAGCUUGUUUUCCGGAAUUUAAUUCCGACCUGGAAUUCGUGCAACGGUUGUUAAUGGAGGAAUCCGUAUUUUGCCUCCCGGGCCAGUGUUUCGAUUAUCCAUCGUACAUGAGAUUGGUCAUCACGGUGCCUGUGGACAUGAUAAAAGAGGCCUGUCAGAGGAUUGAAGAAUUUUGCGAAAGGCAUCAUUACAAGACAGCCGAGCAUAUGCGAAGGGAUAGUUUAAUUGCUCCUGAAAUUCCAUAUUAAAGGACUAAGAACAUUUGGUUCUUAAAUGCUCUAUAGUAAAUGUCCCGAUACCUGUGCGCGUGAUAAUUUCUACUCAGGUGGCUUAAGAUUGCAUAUGGAAUCCUAGAAGAAAAGCCAAUGAGUAGAAAUUGUGAACAGAAUUUGAACUAUACUAUUUACUCUAUCAAAGGACUGUGAGAGAACCUAAGAAAUUGUAUAAGUAUUAUUAAUAACGUCGUUAAAGAUAUGUGGCAAUUCUUUAUAGAAAAAUAGUUACAUUUAUUGAUUGUUUUGUUGUCAUCUGACAGAAGAUAUGUAUGCAUUUCUUAUAAUUGUAUGUACAUACAUAUGUUAAAAGCAAUGUACACAAUUUGAUUGAAAAUUAG